AUGCAGUUCCACGUCAACAUCAUGGGCAACAUCCAGCGCCGAAACCUCGCCGAACCCCUCGACCUUCCCAACAAUGCCACCCUGGAGGGCAUGGAGAGGAUGAGGAGGGAGAUGAACCUCCGCGCCAGGGUCUUCAGGACCAUGAUCGACAGGAAGGCCCUCAACGAGCCGCAGGCCUCGAUUGUAGUCCAGGGCAUGCUGUGUGUGGUGGCGAACUGCUCGAGGUUCCGCGUCUACCUCGCCGAGCAGACGAGGAUGGCGGUCCCCUUCAAGAUCAUCACGACCCUCUUCAAGCGGUUCACCGUGUCCAAUGAGAGCGCGAGGUGGUUCAAGACCACAUGCACCAGGCUGCUGUAUUCCCUUGGCAGGGAUAUCGACACUUGCAUUGACAAUGGGGAUAAGCAUUACCUGAGGAACUACGCCAUUUCCUUCUACCGCUUUGCCGUCGCCUUUGACAAGGCAAUGUUUGUCCUCAGGGAUCCAUGCGAGCAGUUCUUUUUCAUCUACAUCUUCCGCGUCAUGCAGAGGGCGCACAGGAACAUCACUGAGAAAGACGAGAUGGGGAACGAUUUCCACACAUUGAUUGUUCUCGUAGUAGGAGCCGUUGUUGCAGGAAUUGUGCCAUCCAAGGCGGGGAUCUGGUUAUAA